GUGCUAACCGUGUGACCCUGGAAGAUUCCAACAUCCUUCAGCCAAUGGGACUCACUGUGCUGGGGAAUCACUUGUAUUGGAUUGAUCGUCAGCAGCAGAUGAUUGAGAGAGUGGAGAAAAUGAAUGGGUACAAAAGGACUCGAAUUCAAGGCCGAAUUGCUCACCUAACAGGCAUUCAUGCUGUGGAAGAGCUUGAUAUGGAGGAAUUCUCUGUGCAUCCGUGCUCCCGUGACAAUGGUGGGUGUUCGCACAUCUGCAUUGCUAAAGGGGAUGGGACUCCAAGAUGUUCAUGCCCCGAGCACCUUGUGCUUCUACAGAAUCUCUUAACGUGUGGAGAACCUCCAACUUGUUCCCCAGACCAGUUUACCUGUGCAACUGGAGAGAUUGACUGUAUCCCAAUGGCAUGGCGGUGUGAUGGAUUUCCUGAGUGUGAUGACCAGAGUGAUGAAGACAGUUGCCCCAUAUGCUCUGCAUCCCAGUUCCAGUGUGAGAAAGGACAGUGCAUCGAUGCACACUUGCGGUGUAAUGGAGAAAUUGACUGCCAAGAUAAAUCUGAUGAAGCGGAUUGUGAUACAAUUUGUCUACCCAAUCAGUUCCGAUGUGCAAGCGGCCAGUGCAUCCUCCUGAAGCAACAGUGUGACUCCUUUCCAGAUUGUAUUGAUGGUUCUGAUGAGCUUAUGUGUGAAAAAGCAAAGCCAGCCUCAGAUGAGUCACAGCCACACAGUAGUGCCAUUGGUCCUGUCAUUGGUAUAAUACUGUCGCUUUUUGUCAUGGGAGGAAUGUACUUUGUUUGCCAGCGAGUGGUGUGUCAGCGCUAUGCUGGGCCCAAUAGUCCUUUUCCGCACGAGUACGUCAGUGGCACCCCUCACGUCCCUCUUAAUUUUAUUGCUCCAGGAAGUUCUCAGCAUGGCACCUUUACUGGCAUCUCUUGUGGAAAGUCCAUGAUUAGCUCCAUGAGUCUCAUGGGAGGAAGCAGUGGUGCCCCCUUAUAUGACAGAAAUCACGUUACUGGAGCCUCUUCGAGUAGCUCAUCGAGCACUAAAGCCACUUUCUACCCACGGAUCUUGAACCCACCUCCUUCCCCAGCUACUGACCGCUCCCUGUAUAAUGCAGAGAUGUUUUACUCUUCAAACAUUCCUUCAACCACGAGAUCUUACAGGCCAUACCUUAUACGAGGGAUAGCUCCACCCACAACCCCAUGCAGCACAGAUGUCUGUGACAGUGACUAUACGACUAGUCGAUGGAAAGCCAACAAAUACUAUAUAGAUUUAAAUUCAGACUCGGACCCUUAUCCCCCUCCGCCCACACCUCGCAGUCAGUACAUGUCAGCAGAAGAAAGUUGCCCUCCGUCUCCUGCCACAGAACGAAGCUAUUUUCACCUCUAUCCCCCUCCACCCUCUCCUUGUACAGACUCCUCAUGACCUCAACAAAGGGAACUUUUCCUGUAAAUAUUUUAAAAUAUGAACAGAUUUAAAAUAUAUAUUUUAUGAUUUAAAAAAUAAAUUGGGGUGGGGAUGAAAAAAAAAGAAAUGUGAAUAAAAAUGGGUGGGAGGGAUGGGGCUAUGAAAAAUUGUACAGAGGAAGAAUAUUUAUAAAAUUGAUUAUUUUUAACUUAA